CUCUACCACCUUAAAAAUAUUUAGAAAAUAUUUUACAAAUAUCAAUAAAUAUUCCAUUGAAAUUUCUCUGAGUUGGUGUUAAUACAAAAAAAUACUUUUUAAAGAAGAAUUGUUUAAGGGCGUUAUCUAAAAUGUCAAAAUCAACGUUGGAAAUAUUCAAUGUGAUCAUUUUAAUAUCAAUUGACGUUUGUGCUUUGACUGGUAACUGUAUGAUUAUACUUGCAUUCAUAAUUGGUCCUAAAUCUUUAAAGACACUAACCAACUACUUUGUUGUUAAUCUGGCUGUGGCUGAUUUAAUGGUUGCGAUUUUGCCGCUCCCUUUCUGGAUUGCAUAUCAAAUUGACUACAAUAUUAUCAAUAGAAAUGCAGUAUAUUUCUUUAUUACGACGGACGUUCUCUUCGGAAUUACAUCAAUAUUAAGUCUGACUGCCAUCAGUUUAGAACGAAUGUUUGCUGUUAAAUUUCCUACUCGUCAUUUUAACUUGUCGUCAGCUUUGGUUUUUAUUGUAAUUGCAUUUACAUGGUUUAUUGGAAUUGUUUUCUCAGUUGCACAAUUUUUUAUAUCAUUUCAAAAUGUAAGAUGGUAUAUCGCUUUCUUACUUGUAUUUGCUUAUAUUUUCCCUCUAUUUAUAAUUGUUGUUUCUUACUGUAUUAUAUACUGUGCUAUUCGGAUGAUGAGAGAUAACAGUAAUCAAGAUGGAAAAACUAAACAGGAGUUACGAGUUGCCAAGAUUAUAUCUAUAAUAAUUGGAUUGUUCUUUAUUUGUUGGAGUCCUUUCUUUAUUUUAAACACGGUUCACCUAUUUUGCAAAGAAGUUUAUUGUAGAAAGCUACCAAUAUGGUUAAUUAACAUCACUAAAAUGUUACAUUACAGUCACAGCAUGAUGAAUUUCUUCGUUUACGGAUACCGAAGCCCAGAUUUUCGUCACAUAUUUCGGGCAUUUUUAAAAUGCCGUUUAAGUCUUAUGCAAGGUAGAGUACGCUCAUUGUCCGAAAGCAUAAAUCUUGAACAAAGUUCUUCAUUCAAAAGAGAAAGAAAUAUUGAAAAUAGUGAAGAAGUCUUGGUCACGCUUGCGUCCGACGAAAUUUAAAUGCUUAAACGCAUACAUUACAUUAUUUGUGCUUAAGGUUUUAUUUAUUAAGUAUUCUAGGUGUUGCGGUCACAAGAAACCGUAUACAGAAAUAAACCACCUAAACAAUAAACAAGCAUUUUGUUGUUGUUUUAAAGAUUAUUGUUGCUGAUGUUGCAGUUUUUGGGGUUAUUUUUGAUGGAAACAUUUAUUAACACAUUAUAGAAUUUUUUUUAGCACGUUUUACUUAAAGAAAUUUUACGUUGCCUGCGUACAGCUGGCGCAAAUGUUUUGCAAAUUUUUGAAGUAAUCUUAUAUAUUUAUAAUACGCUCCAAUAUUUAAAGUUUUUGUCAAUAUUAGCAUGGAUUUUGAGGUUACUGUACGUCUGGCAGCUUUACACUGGUGUUUUAAAAACAUACAUAAUACCAGUGCUUAAAGAGAAUUGAUGGAAGGUUUAUUAAAUGUUUCUCAGAGACAUAAGUAAAAUUAUUUUUUUACAA